AUGGACCAUGUCAAGAACUUCUACCAGACGAUUCUGAAGUCCUCGCACCCACUCGUGUUGAGCUUGCAUAUACUGGGGAAAGCCGCGCCAAUUGUGUUCUAUUUGAUAGGGUCCCUGUUCAUGAGCUUCACGGCACAGUUCAUCACGGUACUGCUACUUCUUGCGGUGGACUUCUACCUGACAAAAAACAUCAAUGGGCGCAAACUGGUACAGCUGCGGUGGUGGUACGACUCGUCGAAUUCCAAAGAGAGUCCGUUGACCUUCGAAUCAUACAAAGCGUACGCUCCGGGCCCCCCUAUCAACCCUAUCGAUUCGAGACUGUUCUGGUGGUCGUUGUAUGCGUCGCCAGCCUUGUGGGUGGUAUUUGGAAUUCUGUGCAUAUUUCAACUUAAAUUCCUAUACCUCGUUCUCAUUGUGCUCGCAGUGUGUCUCACAGGUUGGAACCUGCACGGGUUCCGGGACUGUGACAAAUGGGAUCCAGCAGUUAGUAGCACUGAAACCGAGCCGUGGUUUCAGCUACCCAAUCUCGCCAGUUUCGAGAACAUGGGAAGAUUAGCUAGAGUACAGAACUUCUUCCGGUCUGGGUAG